CCUGCAAAGCGAGGCGGGGAAACGAGUUGCAGGCCUGGGAGCCGCCUUUUUGGUUUUUCCUCAGCCCAGGCGCCGCCUCCGCUCUCGAGGGUGCCACCCUGGGAAGGAAGGAGCAGCAGGCGAGGCUCGUUAUGGUGUCAAGAUAAAUGCCUCCAGGAUACCUUUGAGUCUUGACGUUGCUGUGAAGGAGGCUUCAGACAUCUCAACAGUCACCUUAAAUUCUUCAGGUCGUGAACACAUCGUGUUUGUGGCCGGUACAGAUGGCAGUGACGCUGCACACUGAUGUGGGAGACAUUAAAAUUGAGCUGUUCUGUGAACGAACCCCCAGGGCGUGCGAAAAUUUCUUGGCUCUCUGUGCUAGUAAUUACUACAGUGGCUGCCUAUUUCACAGGAAUAUUAAAGGCUUCAUGGUACAGACAGGAGAUCCAGCAGGCUCUGGGAAAGGAGGAAACAGCAUUUGGGGGAGGAAAUUUGAAGAUGAAUUCAGUGAAUAUUUGAAGCACAGUGUCCGUGGAGUCGUUUCUAUGGCAAAUAACGGCCCCAACACAAAUGGAUCUCAGUUCUUCAUCACCUACGGCAAGCAGCCGCAUCUAGACAUGAAAUACACCGUGUUUGGGAAAGUAAUUGAUGGUCUGGACACCCUGGAUGAGCUGGAAAAAUUGCCUGUGAAUGAAAAGACUUUUCGGCCUCUUAAUGACGUUCACAUUAAAGAUGUGACAAUCCACGCAAACCCUUUUGCUCUGUGACAGAUUCCAGAAAGGCUGCUUGGAAUUAACUGCCAGUGACUUCUGAAGAGCGAUGGGCUCGUUCAUGCAUUUGCUCUUGGAAUCGAGGAUUUGCCAAAGCUUUUUCUGACUUUCCUAAUCUCAGUAUUUCCAUGGAAGGAGAGAAGAUUCAUUGCGAUGUGUGAAGUUGUACAUUUUUAACAAAGCUAGAAACAAAAACACAUUGGGAAUUAUAUAAAUGAAAUAUGAAACUACCUUUCCCUGUUUAAGGUUACUUAAUUCAAACAUGAUUUAUUUUAAAUA